AUGGACAAUGAGUUCUUAGCCACCAUAAAGCUCGACAACAGCAAUGAGUUCCACGGCGAGAACAUCUACCAGCCACAGGGAUUCUCAUCGAAGAAGUAUCCUUUCAUGUUCCUUGGUGGCGCUUCCACCUUAUGUCUCAAUGGUUCCCUUAACGAUAUCGACAUGAAGGGAAAGAUUGUGCUCUAUGACCAUGGCAUCAACGAGCGGAUCAAGAAGGGGGAAAUCGUCAAGCAAGCCGAUGGCGCCGGCAUAGUGCUUAUCAAUGCACCAAAAGACGGUUAUAGCAUUAUUGCCGAUCACCACGCAUUGCCGGCGUUGCACAUUCCCUACGCCUUUAGACCUAAGAUCAAGGCUUACAUCAACUCAUCCACGUCCUCCCAACGACCACCAUCAUCUUCAAAGGCACCAUUACCCAUGUGCCCCACUCUCCGCAUCGCCACCCUCAUCAAGAAAGUCCAUCCCGAUUGGUCGCCCACAACUAUCAAAUCCACCAUAAUGAUGACGACCUACGUAAAAGAUAACACCAACAAGCCCAUCUCUAACGAGAGGAACCUUCCAACCGACCUCAUCGCGGUGGGAGCCAACCACGUCAUGCCUCUAAAUGUCCUUGACCCAGAACUCAUCUAUGACAUCUCUCCAAUGGACUAUUAUCCAUACUAUGCGGCCUUUGUCUACAAUGUCUCUGAUGUGAGGUUCAUCAUCCACCAGAAAAUCAAUUGCUCGUCGAUCAAGAGCAUCCCAGAAGGAGAGCUCAACUAUCUUUCCACCAUCGCCCGAUUGUCGGCAAAUAAGGCAAGGGCAGUGACCUUCACGAGGACCGUGGCCAACAUCGGUGAGGUAGCAGAAACUUAUUACGCAAAGUUGGGCGUGCCAGAGUGGUUUCUGCACAUGUAG